AAAAAAAAGAGAAACACAAAAAUCAGAAGAAAACACGUUGUUGUUGUUGACGACUGAUUUUGCGUUGCGCGCUGCGCGUUUGGAGCUGCGCACUUAAGGAGGAAUACAGACGACGCGCACACACGCUUGGAUCGGAAUAGUACCAUCAGGUCAGAAUGGAGUGGACUGUAGAGACUGGAAGUUAGUAAAGACAAUCAAGGAGGACAUUCAGCUUUAAAUAGAGACCAUCCAUGGAUACCUACAUGUGUGUCUACCACAAGUCCUUUGAGGUGUCAUUUUCUGUUUUCACCUGUUACCUUCUUGGAUCCGUCUGACUGCAGCAUUGGCCCCCAACCUUCGUACCAGCAGGCCGCACUGAUUGAUUGGUCAUUACAUCCAAGGACGCCGACACACCAAGGAACAUAAAAGGGGUGGAGGGGGGAUCCUGCUGCAGGUGGUUGUACAGGGCAGUGACCCAAACACCUCAGUAACUCCAACAAAUGACUUAUUAUUUGUGAAGAUAACAGCUCUGACCGCUUAACCUACAAGAGGCCAAUUUCCUGCUGGACGGAAUCAGUUCAACAUGAAAGACGUGUCAUUUCUGGAUUGGCUCUUUCUUGGCUUGGCCAUGGGCUCAGUUGUUGGGGCCAGUGAAGAAAGGCUCGAUUGCCCUAAACUGUGUGUGUGUGAGAUUAGACCCUGGUUUUCACCCAGUUCGGUGUACAUGGAGGCACAGACAGUUGACUGCAAUGACUUGGGACUUUUUAGCCUACCAGAGAAGUUACCAUUGGGCACUCAAGUACUAUUGUUGCAAACAAACAAUGUUGCCAAGAUUGACAAACCUUUGGAUUAUCUGGCCAACAUCACAGAAAUUGAUUUAUCACAAAACAACUUAUCUUCAAUCAGCGACAUCCACCUUGGACCUCUUUCUCAGUUGUUGUCCCUUCACUUGGAGGAGAAUUGGAUAGGAGAGUUGCCAGAAAACUGUCUACCAGACAUGACAAACCUUCAGGAGCUCUACAUGAAUCACAACCUCAUAACAUCCAUUUCCCCAAUGGCUUUCCGCGGCCUCAGCAACCUCAUUCGGCUCCACCUUAACUCAAACAAGUUGCAAGCAAUUAACAAAGAGUGGUUUCAAGCAAUGCCAAAUUUGGAGAUUCUGAUGAUUGGGGAGAAUCCGGUCGUUUCUAUUGAUGAUAUGAAUUUUAGACAUCUUGGUAACCUCCGGAGUCUUGUGUUGACCAGAAUGAACCUUUCUCAGCUUCCAGAUGAUGCAUUGUCCGGUCUUGAUAACUUAGAGAGUAUCUCAUUCUAUGAUAAUAUCUUCCCCGACGUGCCACAUUCAGCUUUAAGAAAUGUAAAGAAUCUGAAGUUUUUGGAUCUAAAUAAAAAUCCCAUUACAAGGAUACAGAGAGGGGACUUUGUGGAUAUGCUCCAUCUUAAGGAGUUGGGGAUUAAUAGUAUGCCAGAUCUUGUGUCCAUUGACAGCUUUGCCCUCAAUAAUCUCCCUGAGCUGACGAAAAUAGAAGCUACCAACAACCCUAAACUCUCCUACAUCCAUCCUAAUGCAUUCUACAAACUACCACGGUUAGAAACCCUCAUGCUAAAUGGCAACGCACUCAGCGCCCUCCACAGGAUAACAGUCGAGUCCCUUCCCAAUCUUAGAGAGGUGAGCAUGCACAGCAACCCGAUCCGCUGUGACUGUGUCAUCCGCUGGAUGAACAUGAACAAGACUAACAUUCGCUUCAUGGAGCCUGAUUCGUUGUACUGCGUGGAGCCUCCAGAGUAUGAAGGCCAACAUGUUCGACAGGUGCACUUCAGGGAGAUGAUGGAGAUUUGUCUGCCACUCAUCUCACCUGAAAGCAUGCCCGGGCACGUCAGCGCAAAGAAUGGGAGCUCUGUGUCACUACAUUGCCGUGCCUAUGCUGAACCAGAGCCAGACAUCUACUGGAUCACACCAUGUGGAACCAGAGUGCUGCCUAACACAGUGUCCGACAAAUUCUACAUGCACCCCGAGGGAACAUUUGACAUCUAUGAUGUAACCAAAAAUGAAGCUGGUCUUUAUACUUGUGUUGCUCAUAAUCUGGUGGGAGCAGAUAUGAAAUCGGUUUCUGUGGUGGUGAAUGGUUAUUUUCCACAAUCACUAAAUGGAACACUGAAUGUCACAGUCAAGUCAGUGGAGGCCAACUCCAUACUGGUUUCGUGGAAGACUGGACCUGGCAGUUUAGUGCCAAAAAUUAAAUGGUAUACGCUGUCAAACGUUCAACAUCCCACCAUGACAUUUACAACCAGGGUUCCCUCCGAUGUCCAAGUUUACAACCUCACUCAUCUCAGCCCCGCCACCGAGUACAAGGUAUGCGUGGAUGUCCGCAGCAUCCACUACAAGCAUGACACCAAAUGCAUCAAUGUCACCACGAAGGGAUUAGAGUUGACAGACAAGGACACAGAAAAAUGGGACGCAGCAGCAGUCACCGUCUACGGCGUGCUCUUGGCUUGGAUUUCAGUGGCCUGCCUGCUUAUUUAUGGGUCUCUGAGGAACCGCAGCCUGUAUGGGGAUGUACGAAAAUGUGAAUCCAAAACUCUACUGCUGCCAGCUGAAGUUACCAGUAUGCACUCUCCUUCCUUUACAAAGUUGUGGUUUUCGGGUAAGAGACUGCCAAGUGGAGAGGAGGUGAAAACCACAACCAUAAAUGCUUCUGACAACACCUUUUAAGAAGCUUUCUCGAGUGCCGCACAGCAACUACACUGACUGGACGAGGCCAUGGAUAGGGGUGGACAAACCCGUAGUACUGUGUCAAAGGCAUACCCCCUUGGCUGGUCCCUGGAAAUACUUUUGGACUGGGGUGGAACAGUUUAAAACAGACUCCAUUCUCUCGCAGUUUCAAUUCUAUAGUUGAAGUGGUGGCUUUGUAAGAGGUACGGCUGACCAAGCCAACAUCAAGAAGAAGGGGCACUUACUGCAAAAAGAUAUUUCGGUGUCAUUCAUACGUAAAUGCAGGCAUAGAAAAGUCAAGGCGAUGAUGAUGAUGAUGAUGACGGACAACUCUCUUGUAAUUGACUGUUAAAUGUGUUCUGAGUUGUGGAACUGUCCGUGUGGUCCUGAGCAAUACCGUCUGUGCUUUGUCCAACAUUCAUAGACGAGUUAGAGAUCCAGUAAUAGCACCUGUCUAUAAUGGGAAGGGAAAUUUAGUAGAAUAGACAAAUAUCAGUGACUAUGGUGUGCGCCUUUUGAGAAAUAUACCCCCUUUUUCUAUAUUUAAAUUGACUCUUGAUUUUUUUUUUAUGGAAAUAUUGUUAUAUAUUCUAUUAUGUUGAUGUAAUGACAAAUCCUCUGUAUCUGAACAAUUUAAAUGGGUCUUAAAUUAAGGCAAGGAGCAGACUACUUCUGAUUACAAUGUCACAUUAAGCUUAAUGAAAUUCAGCUCUAAAAUGGGUAUCUAGAGAGGACGUUUGCCAAAUGGCUGCUUAUGCUGUGCAGUUCUUAUUAGAACAGUGGCUCGGAAAACUACAGGGAUGAUGCUGGGGGGAAAAAACAACAAAAACAAACAUGACAGGUCGUUUAAAGUCCAGACGAGCAAUGUAUUAUCUCCUUGAGAAUGAAAGUGGUCUGUCACGCCCCGGUAAGUGCCUACAACAAGAACUACACGAGGUGUGCAGAAGAAACAGAAGAUGUGCGCGAGCCAUCAUCCACCGCAAAACGCGGUCAUGUCGUCAUUGCAGAAAA